AUGGCUGAGAGGACAACAACAACAAGGAACGCCGGUGGUGGUGGUGGAGAGGAAGAUGCGCUGGCAUACCUGCAGCGGCAUUGUGUGCAGGAACGGCUGUCUGCGGCGCUGUUGGCAGCUGCAAGUGAGACCAUCUCGUUCGGAACGCCGCCCAUGACUGCCGUUGCAAACGCCCUCAACAGCAACAAACCACAGGAUCUGUUCACGUACCGCACCCUGGCCACGAACGCAAAGAGCAGAGUGAGGUUCUUGCAGCUCUUCAAUGCCAUGUGCAGAGACUUGCAUCCAACCAACCCUGCACUAACUGGCACGGAGUAUCUUCAGCUCCUUCGCCUCAUCUGCCCUGACUUUCCUUCCUCUGUCAUCGAGGACGUCUUGAACAUCCUCCUCGUCGAAUGUACGUGUGUCUAG